GUCAGAGCUGCCGCUCGCUCUGCCCGGACAGGAUCUCUCCAUCACAUCCACCCGUCUGUGCACCCCUCUGUGUUUGCCUCCACCUCUGUCCAGAGGUGCGCAGCGUCCGCAUCUGCACCUGAGAAGGUCAGACACAUUAUUUUCGAUCAUCGGAACUGCCAACUUUUUCUCCUUUCUUUUUCAUUUCUGUCCACUUGAUUUCAUCACGGGAAGGAUUACCACUGAAUCCAGCGGUCACUGGCGCUGCUUCCUGGAUGGAGGAUGCUUGGGGCUGACCUUGGAGAUCACUGACUGGCUCGCUGAGCUUCGCUUGUCGCAGCUGCUGUCAUGGCCAAAAGCCCGGAGGUGAAGCUGGCUGUCUUCGGCAGAGCCGGGGUGGGCAAGUCAGCUCUGGUGGUGAGAUUUCUGACCAGACGCUUCAUCUGGGAGUAUGAUCCGACACUUGAAUCAACAUAUCGUCAUCAAGCCAAUAUUGACGAUGAGGCUGUCACCAUGGAGAUUCUGGACACUGCAGGGCAGGAGGACAUCCAGCAGAGGGAGGGUCACAUGCGUUGGGGUGACGGCUUCGUCCUGGUGUAUGACAUCACGGACCGGGGAAGCUUUGAGGAGGUGGCGCCGCUCCGGAGCCUCCUAGAGGAGGUGAAGAAACCGAAGAACGUUCCUCUGGUUCUGGUGGGCAACAAGUCUGACCUGGACCACGUCCGGCAGGUCGGCACAGAGGAAGGAGAGCGACUGGCAGCUGAAAUGGCGUGCGCCUUCUACGAAUGCUCAGCCUGUGCCGAUGAGGGCGGCGCUGUGGCCGAGGCUUUCCACGAGCUUUGCAGAGAGGUCAGACGCCGCAAAGCUGUUCAGGGAAAAACCAGACGCCGCAGCUCCACCACCCACGUCAAACAGGCCAUCAACAAGAUGCUGACCAAGAUCAGCAGCUAGGGAAGAGCAAAAACGUAAUUGUUUUCCUCGCUGAAAUGGUUUGGACAAUCAGUGAAUGAAGACUGAUUUAAAUGUGGAAUGUGUUGUUCUGUUGUUCUCUAAUCAUUAUCCAGUUAAAAAAAAAAAAAGAAAACCCAAGCGCGCUGUCUUUUCACUCUGAAAGAGAUGGUUAUGACACUUGGCAUGGGAGCCAUAGAUGAUUUCUUAUUGCAACAUUUCACUUUUUUCAGAUCAAAUCGAUGGACAGCGGUGAGUCAUAUCGACUACCUAAGAUCACAAAGGAUUAGUAAAGUUCUUCUAUUUUCACCUUUUUUUCUUUCAUCAUCAGUCUGAAAUAUAAAAUGAGCAUAUCCUGAAAACGAUGCAUGCGAGCUAUACCAUUUAGCAUGCGGGGAGUCCAAAACUUUCGACACUGAACAGGAAGAUUUAGAGUUUCCUGUUUGUUAUCUCGUCUGUGGGGGGAAGUUGUGAUUGUGCUUCAGCCCACAUGUACUACUCUGUCAGCAGCGGUCAGAGAACAUUAGGAGCAGAGAACUCGUAUUAGAUAAAGGUAGAUCUACUGUGCUUCACUCGUAUCAGUUCCAGUCAGAUCUACAAAGCUGUCGAUGUCUGUCGUGUGAUCAAACCUUGUGAUCAAGUCUAUGUUCCUUUGACAUUAGCUGUCAGGAUGUCUGUUUGUCCAGGACACGCAAACUGAAGAUAUUUCCCUCAAGGAACCAAAAGCACCGCAGGUUUGGGACAUGUUAAAGCUAAUAUGCACACAAUAUUCGCUGUUUUCUCUAAACAAAAGGAAAAACCUUCCAUUCUUGGGAUGUUCUUCAUGGCUGUAAUGUUAAUACUGUAAACUACAGCAUGUUUGACACAAUAUAUAGCCUCAAGCACUGCUGUGUCCUAGGUGUGUACAGAACCCAGAGUCAUCUAUAAUAGCAGAUACUGUAAUUGCAGAAAUGUGACAUCUAUGUGAAAUAAUCAGCUGUGCACUUAUAAUAAAAA